AUGGAAGAGGAGUUGGAAGAGAAAGACGACAAAAUCAGCGUGCUGAAGAAAGAGUCGACGCUCGCCAAGACCGCGAUGUCCAUGUACGAAAAGCGGGUGGACGUCUUGGAAGAAAACCUGAAAACGGCAUGCAAGCGAUACGACGAGGAAGUGAAAAGCAGACGGAUUGUGGAGGCGGCCGCGAAAAAGGCAGACGAGCACGCGCAAUCCAUGGCCGACAAGAACGUCGAAUUGCAGCGAGAACUGUUAAGAUGGCAACCCGAAGAGUCGUUGUACGAAAUGGAAGUGAACCUCGGAGAGAAGGAGGAGUUGCGGCGAGCGCAAUCCGAUCUGGAGGAGGAACGGAAGACGGUUAUGCGAUUGAAGAGUGCGAUCGAGGACCUGAAAAAGGACCAAACGCGUCAUUCGGAGGUUUUUCGAGAGAACAGGAACCUGGAGGAGGAGGUGGAAGCGAACGCCAGGAAGAUCGAAAUUAUCGACGACGAACUUCGCGCGUCAAAACGGACGCUCGGCGACAGAGACAGACUGAUUUCGGACAAAGAUCGAGCGACGUCUAACCUGAAGAAGGAAAUCGCCACUCUCAGAGACGAACUUCGUGCCGAAAAGGACAAGGUGGCAACAGCCGUGAAGGAACGCAGCAACGACGACGCCCAAAGUUCAGUGACGCUCGAGAAAAUAAAAGACGAAUUGCGACUGGCGAACCGGGAAGCGGCGGCUGCAAAAGACCUCAAACGACGGUCGGCGACGAAGCUGGAAGAGACCGAGAAGCAGGUGAAGAGUCUGAAGGAACGGUUGGCUGACAAAGAUUACUCGACGGCCGACGCGAACAAGGAGAUCGCCUCCCUCAGAGACGAACUUCGUGCCGAAAAGGAAAAGGUGGCAACGGCUUCAUAG